UCUUUUUUUUUUUUAGAAGACUAAGAGAAAAAGAUGUUUUAUAUGACACAUUCUACCAGUGUUCCAAGUUUCAAAGUGUUUCGUUAAUGAAAAAUGUGGCCCCCGUUUUAAAAAAGAUCCUUUUUUUCCUUCUAAAUAACGUAGAUAAGUAGAAGGAAUAAAAAUAACGCACGACCGGAAGUUGUUGCGUACUAGUAUCGAAAGAUCGUCAAAUAAAAAAAACAAACAAAUCGACACGUGUAUUCAUUGCACAUGCGCGCACGCGCAGGCGUUGUAGGAUCGACCACUAACGACUAGCUAGCGCGGACGAGCGACUGCGCGUUCGGGACCCCUCUGCUUUAGUAGUACCUAUAAUUAUUUCAUUAUAAAGUAUUCUACUACCACAGUUACAUACAGACUGUUUUAGGGGGCAGGGUGUCCUCGUUCCAAGACAAUCGGUUUCCAUGAUGCCUUCAAUUGUCCGAUCCACAUAAUCCUAAACACUGAAAAAGUCAGAUGUUAUUUUAGUGUUUCUCUGUUAAAACUGAUAACGGGCCAACUAUACACAGGAACUUGCCUGCAGGCUAAUUACUGAGCUGGUCUGCAGUGAAAGGGCUUCUGGUUAGGCGAGAAACAGUAUUUUUGAACAAGUGGAUUGGGCCCAGAGAUAUAGCGUGACAAACUCCUCCAAAAUACCAAAUUUGAACAUUUUUGCUUAAUUUUAAAAUUUCACAAAGUGAAGCCAAACAUAAAAGAUCCCUACAACAUUUUUCUAUCAAUUCUUUUCUGCAAGAGUAAAUUACAGACGAGAAUAUAGAAAUCAUAUUUUAUAUUCAGUACGACAUUGCGGCGCAGUAUCCAAUGCUGUUACUGGAUGUUGUUUUUACCUCAAUAUAAAAGAGCCUGGGUUUAUUUGUUGGUCAUCGACGAUCAACAGUUAAAACAGCGAACAGAACAAAGUUUGAAUAACAAACAGCCUUCUUUUCAAUUGAUUUACGAAAAUAUAAUAUCAUAUGACAUUGGCAUAAAAGAAUAUUAUUUACCUGAGAUCCAUCAAUAUUUAUCAUCUUUUAAAGACAAAUAGAUGUCAUACACAACAGAUAUAAACCUUCAUCAUCUAAAUUAAUGGUAGAAUUACUGUGGAAUAUUGGCUCUGAACAGAAUUUUUAUACAAAAUGCUCUCCAAUUCAAAGACUGGAAUUUGUAUUAUAAUGAUUUGAUAUCGAAAUUAAAGCUGAUUUACAAAGGAAUUUGCAGCAUCUUCAAAUAUUGACGAAAAUCACAGUUGAUAGAAAUAUAGCCGAAGAAAUAGGAAUAAAAUAUAUAAAUAAAGGGAAGAAGAACUUUUAUAUUUAUUGUGGUGAGAGAGAAACAAGAAUGGAAGACGAAUUGUGUGAGAAAAAGAUUAAAUGUGAAGCAGAGUCUGAAAUUAUUGAUUUACCUGAUGACAUACAGGAAGAGAAAGGAAAGACAUUCUAUCAGUGUGAUAUCUGUAAUAAAUCAUUUAAUCGAAAUCACAGCUUAACUAGACAUAAACGCAUUCAUACAGGAGAGAAACCUUAUGUUUGUGAUAUCUGUGGUAAAUCAUUUCAUGGAAAUUGUGAUUUAAUUACUCACAUACGCAUUCAUACAGGAGAGAAACCAUAUCAGUGUGAUAUUUGUGGUAAAUCAUAUCACAGGAACUGUGAUUUAAUUACUCACAAAUACAUUCACGCAGAAGAGAAACCAUAUCAGUGUGAUAUCUGUAAUAAAUCAUUCUCUCAAAAGUGUCACUUAACUACUCACAGACGCAUUCAUACAGGAGAGAAACCAUAUCAGUGUGAUAUCUGUGAUAAGUCCUUUUGUCAAAAAGGUGAUCUAAAGAAUCACAAACGCAUUCAUACAGGAGAGAAACCAUAUGAGUGUGAUAUUUGUGGUAAAUCAUAUCACAGGAAUUGUGAAUUAACUGCUCACAAGCGCAUUCAUACAGGAGAGAAACCAUAUCAGUGUGAUAUCUGUAAUAAAUCAUUCUCUCAAAAGUCUAACUUCACUACUCACAAACACCUUCAUACAGGUGAGAGACCAUAUCAGUGUGAGAUCUGUGGUAAACUGUUUGCUCAAACUUGUCUGUUAAAUACCCACAAACGCAUUCAUACAGGAGAGAAACCAUAUCACUGUGAUAUCUGUGGUAGAUUAUUCUCUUGCAGUUCUAGCUUAUGUAGACACAAACAUAUUCAUACAAAGGAGAGGCCAUAUCAUUGUGAUAUCUGUGGUAAAUCAUUUCCUGCACCCAGAAUCUUAACUAUUCACAAACGUUUUCAUACAAGAGUGAAAUUGUAUCACUGUGAUGUCUGCAGUAAAUCAUUCCCUACACCUAGUGUCUUAACUAAACAUAAACGUAUUCACACAGGAGAAAAACCAUACGAGUGCGAUGUGUGUGGUAAAUCAUUUUCUGUUUUGGAAGAAUAUAAAUAUAUGACUGGUUACUCUUUUGAAUCAGAAAUUACAAGCUCCAAUGCCUUGUGGAUUAUAGAUCCUGUUUUGGAAAGAUACAUUCUAUAG